GACUGUGGAUCUUUAUGCAUUUGUGGGGAAUUGUCGUGUAUAGAAAUAUAUUCUUAUAAUAUCUAGAUACCAAAGUCCUUAUUCAGAUUUUGGUUUUUCAAUUGCAUUGGUAAAAAUCUGAUUUUUGCCACUUUUAUCUGGAAUUUUCACUUUUAUCCAUUGCUAAAUCCGAAGAAACAAUUUGCAUCGCAGCGAAUGAAGGAAAAUCGUCGGACUGUUGGGGCGAUGAAAAUUCUGAAAGAAAGAAACGCAGGGAAAAAGAGAUUGCUUUUACCGAUGUGCUCUGAACGACAUCCUGACUAUACGAAAAGAAGAGCACCGUGGUUUUUGUCGAUGCCCCCCAUGAGCAAACCGAGCAUCGCUAGAGAGGACAGUCGCGUAAGUUCUCCUGGUACCAGGUUGCCGAAGGAGGUCACCCGGUCACCCAGAUGAGGUUCUUUGCCCGUUGUUACCUCCGCACCUCGGCCAAUGGCGUGGCACCUCAUCGUCGCUGUGGCGAAUCCUGUCGCCAGUUUUCGUGCCGACCGCCAGCCGAUCACCGAUCCGAGACCCGCGCCCGGCUUUGUGCCCAGAUUUAAGCUGCUUCCUUGCUGGGCAGGAUCUCCAGGCCUGUUCGACGCGCGAGUCCUUUUGACAGCUGCUAGUUGGUUGUUUCUGUCCACGAGUUUCCAGCGAUAGUUCAUCGCGAAAAUCCACUCAUCGCCCCUGUACGAAUAUCUGGGAAACAACUGUUGUUGGUGAUGGCCGUCAGGUUCACGAUUCUGGUGCUGUUGACCACCGCCGUCGUCGUGGUGUCUUCCGCUGGACUGCUCGAGACGCUACUUUCCUGGGAUAUUCCGGACGCCGUGGGUAGAUCAACCGCGCCGCAAUCGCAAUGUCUUUGUCAAACUUCCAAUUGUUUGUGUUGCAUCGAUCUAAACCUGACGACGGCGAUCGGUGGUGGUCUCGUGAUGGACGACUUGGAUGGUCGGGCGUGCAUCAACAUCAAGCAGAAGGAGCAGAAUAUCUCGUUGAACCUUAGCUACGGCGACAAUCCCGUACACAAUGCUACCAUUAAGAUCGUGGACGCAUCCAACAGGCCGACCUGCAUGAACCUUCUGUCAGAUUUGGCGCAAAUAUGCGCGAAAUUUACGUCGAUUAAGCAGGCGGAAGCUGGUUACGACGGUUGCCUGGUAAUCGAGCCCGCACUGCUGGGCACACCACAAGCCACUUACCACAUGGGAUGCUUCAAUUUCAAUCAGGUGGUGCGGCAGAUCGAAGCCUCUGCCAUUAUCGAGACGACGGAAGCGACUGAGACUACAGAGGACGAGGACGAUUCGUUGAACACGGAGGAAUUCAUAGCAGCGGUUUCAGCUAGCGCGGAACAAGGGAUAGCUCUCUUCUCUCAAUGGCUUGGACUCAAUCUGAAUCCAAAACUGAACCUGACCAACAGGAACAAUCAUCAAGAAGCAAGCAACCAACGUGCCAUCCCAUCCACAACUUCCAGGUCUGCUCGAGUUCAUUGGGAUCAGGAAGAGAAGAACGACGAACGAUUCAAGCAACUGCUCAGUGCGCAAGACAACGUGUUGAAGGGUUCAGCUACGAUUGGCCAAUCGAACGGAGCUGAAACAACGUUCGUUUAUUCGAAACCCUCUGAAUUAUUCUCGUCGGAGAAAAGCUCGAACGAUAGAAGGAUCGACCAGAUGGAGAUCGAGCCGCAACACCUGGCCGUGGUGCCAAAGGAGUCGAGAAGAGGCGGAAGGGCAUACAAUAUUCAUCAGCACGUGAACGAGAUUUGAAACGUGUUUGUUUUUCGUUCGACUCGAUCGAUCGAGGAUUAUAAUUAAAACGUAGAGUUUAGGCUAUCUCACACGUAGAUCGUAUUCUCAUGACGAGUUAAGGCAGAGUUAUUAUCGUUGCCUCUUUUCUCCGUCGUAUUUCUUUAUUCCUCUUGCUUGUUUAUUGAUUCUCGAUGAAUUCGACUAACCAACGAACGACUACACACUCUGCCAGAUUAAUCGGUCAUAUCGUUCGUUCAUUUCGAGAAGACUGACCACUUUCUGAUCAGCUCCGUCUGAAUGAUCUCUCGCGAUUGUGAUCACCUUAUUUCCUCUCUCCGCGAAGUCUCUGUUACUCGAAGUGUCGCUAAUGGUAACAACACGCUCGCGGUUCUGCGAGGAUCGCCGGAUACGCGACGAGUUUAUGAAAUAAACGACGAUAAUCCGUAAUUACUAAUGGGAAGAGGUGAAGCAAAACACACGCAUAUGUGAAUCUUUUUCGAGAGAAUGCAAUUACGAUCGCCGCGAUUUCGUUUCCAUUAUGCGAACUAUUUAUUUAGUUUGGAUCCCGCAUAGUAAGUAGAAAACAUAAUAAACAGUAAUAUCCUGCAAGUAGUUCGUAUCAUCCAUGUGACAACAUCCAAUUGUAUCUAUACACAUAUAUCGUAAAACAGAUAUACACACGUCAUCGAGCGAUGGAAAAUUUUUUAUAUGAUUCUUUUGUCAUAAAAGAGAUAACCGUGCUGCCUAACACGCGUGCACAGUAGAUAGGCAUUUUUGUCGUACGCGCGAGUUUAAUAGAUCAUCGAUUGAUUAAUCGUAGAAAUACUGUCUUCGAUCGAUUGUGCUGGAAUAUUAGCUCGUGUACGAAUCAAGUAUAGGAUCAGUCAUUCAACAGGGUAGAAAUUACGAACGUACAUUUUUAUAAUCGUUCUCUGUAAUAUCGUUGACACGGAUAAAUUAAUAAAGCCAAGAAGAAACGGUUCGAUA